UACAAGUGGAACAUUUGCAAAGUGCCUUUGAGUGGUCUGCAAGCGUUUGGAUAGUGUCCGCAGGUUGAUUCAAUCUUCAGUGCUUCGUUAUCACACGGGAACAAGGCUUGACAAGAUACGACAGAGCACAAUAAUGCCUGCCAACGGUGUGUGUAGUGUCGGUUUGGAGGUGAUCGAAGAUACGGCCACCUAUGCCAGCGGCUCGGACAGUGCGGGCGUCUCGGAGGACGAAGAUGUGCAGCAGCUGUUCGUGAACGGUACGCAUCGUGUUACUAGUGUGUCCCUGCCCAAGAAGUCGGAUGCGCGUGGCAAGCUGUCGCAGCAACCGGAUGAAGGCAAAUCGGUGUCGGAAAAGCGUUACGCGAGUCUGCCGAACCGCGAGCAGCACCAGCAGUUCCUGACGGAGUUCCUGACGGAGGUGCUCAAUUCGGCCGUUUUCAAUGCUACCGAUCGUUCGAACAAAGUACUCAACUGGGUCGAUCCGGAGGAGCUGAAGCGUACGCUCGAUCUGGCCAUCAAGGACGAACCGGAUACGCAUGAAAAGUUGCUGGAGUUGACGCGGGCCACCAUCAGGCACUCGGUGAAGACGGGUCAUCCGUACUUCAUGAACCAGCUAUUCUCGUCAGUUGAUCCGUACGGGUUCGCCGGCCAGGUGUUGACCGAUGCGCUCAACCCAAGCGUCUACACGUUCGAGGUGUCGCCUGUGUUUGUCCUCAUGGAGGAGGUUGUGCUGCGCGAAAUGCGUUCGAUCGUGGGCUACCCGAACGGGGAAGGUGAUGGAAUAUUCGCACCCGGCGGUUCGAUGGCCAACGGGUACGCAAUUAGCUGCGCUCGCCACAAGUUCAUGCCUGACAUUAAGGCGAAAGGAUUACAUGCCCUUCCACGGCUGGUUAUCUUCACAUCGGAAGACGCCCAUUACUCCGUCAAGAAGUUGGCUUCGUUUAUGGGUAUCGGUUCGGACAACGUUUACGCCAUCAAGACCGACAGCAUUGGCAAAAUUCGGACCGAACAUUUGGAGAGUGAAAUCUUGCGUGCCAAAUCCGAGGGAGCCCUGCCGUUCAUGGUAUCGGCCACCGCAGGAACGACCGUAAUUGGUGCGUUCGAUCCGUUGGAACAGAUUGCCGAUCUGUGCGCUAAGUACAAUCUCUGGAUGCACGUCGAUGCGGCUUGGGGUGGUGGUGCUCUGAUGUCCAAGAAGUAUCGUACCCUGCUGAAGGGUAUCGAAAGGUCCGAUUCGGUCACCUGGAAUCCCCACAAGUUGCUGGCGGCUCCACAGCAAUGCUCCACGCUGCUAACGCGCCACCGGAACAUCCUGUCUGAGUGCCACUCCACGAAUGCCACGUACUUGUUCCAGAAGGACAAAUUCUACGACACACGGUACGAUACCGGCGACAAACACAUCCAGUGUGGCCGACGGGCCGAUGUGCUCAAGUUCUGGUUCAUGUGGCGUGCCAAGGGAUCUGCCGGGUUCGAACAUCACAUCGACAAGGUGUUCGAAAAUGCGGAACACUUUACCAACAGUAUUAAAGCACGGCCCGGUUUCGAGAUGGUCAUCGAAAAUCCCGAGUGUACCAACGUGUGCUUCUGGUAUGUACCGCCGGGAUUGCGCAGUGUGCCGCGCGAUUCGGCCGAGUUCCGGGAACGGCUACAUAAGGUUGCGCCGAAGGUGAAGGAGCGCAUGAUGAAGGAAGGUUCGAUGAUGAUCACCUACCAGCCAAUUCACGAUAAGCCGAACUUCUUCCGGCUAGUGCUGCAGAACUCGUCGCUGGACAAGUCGGACAUGAACUACAUUAUCGACGAAAUUGAGCGAUUGGGCAAGGAUCUGUAAUGCGACACAAGACAGUACAGUUCCUCGUUGUUUCCUGUUGCUUAACUUAUUCACCUGCUUUAUCACGUACAGAUGUAUUUAUUGAACGCAUUCGUUACUAGCAGCUAAAUUAACAACAAAAAAGGCAGACAAAACUAACGACCAGUGUCGUACUUUUCAGAGAUACAAGAGCAAAAGAAAGCGAUGACAAAAAAUGCAUCCUAUGCGCACUGUAUAGAUGAGGGCGAUAGUGUUAAUAAGAAACCGUGACACAGUGUAAUAGCAUUCAUAUCCAUAGUGGGUGUAAUGUUGUUCGCUUAAGAAUACUUAUUU